UCAUUCCUCAGCGGACCCGCGUCCACACACUCACACCUCUGGGCGCUACACACUUUCAAACCAGCUCAUUCUACAACAAUGCGAUAAUAUUCCACUCCGUACCGACUGGUGGCAGCCACGUGCCACGUGACCACGUGUGACGUUUAUAUCUCUGGAGCGGAAGUGUGGGCGGAACUCGGCACAGUUUCGGGAAAAUGGCGGAAACCAUGAACAUCGUGGAAGAAAUUCGGAAUCGAGUAAUACUCGGGGAAUAUAAUGUGAAGAAUGUCCAUACUUCAGAUUACCCUGGAAACUACCCAGGCUAUGAUGACACCUGGGAUAUGCAGAAAUUCCAAAAGAACUUCAGAAUUGACAUUGUGCAUCUGGAUGAGAGCACUAUGGAGUUUGACAUGGUGGGUAUCGACGCAGCCAUCGCCAACGCCUUCAGAAGGAUCUUACUAGCAGAGGUGCCAACCAUGGCUAUAGAGAAGGUGUUCAUCUAUAACAACACGUCCAUCGUCCAGGAUGAAGUCCUGGCCCACAGAUUAGGCCUGGUCCCCAUCAAAGCUGACCCCCGUCUGUUUGAGUACAGGAGCACCGGUGAAGCGUCUGCAGAGGAGGAAGGUUCAGAAAUAGACACAAUUCAACUGCAGCUGAAGAUUAAAUGCAGCAGGAACCCGAGAGCCACCAAGGACUCGGCUGACCCUCGAGAGCUGUACCUCAACCACAUGGUUUAUUCCAGGGACAUCAAGUGGGUCCCGAUUGGGAACCAGGCAGACGUCUUUGCAGACUCCGUCAUCGCACCGGUGCAUGACGACAUCCUGAUCGCUCAGCUGCGCCCGGGACAGGAGCUGGACGUCAUCAUGCACUGUGUCAAAGGAAUUGGUCAGGACCAUGCGAAGUUCUCUCCAGUGGCCACAGCCAGUUACCGCCUCCUCCCAGACAUCACCCUGCUGGAGCCGGUGGAGGGCGAGAGGGCCGAGCGCCUAAAACGCUGCUUCUCCCGAGGAGUUAUAGACAUACAAGAUGUUGCUGGGAAGAAGGUGGCCAAGGUAGUGGACAGCCGCUUGGAUACGUGCAGCAGGGAGUUCCUCCGACACGACGACCUGAAGAAUGCUGUGAAGCUCGCAAGGUUUCGCGACCAUUUCAUCUUCACGGUGGAGUCGACUGGCAUCCUGCCUCCGGACGUCCUGGUCACCGAGGCCAUCAAAGUGCUCAUGGUCAAGUGCCAGAGGUUCCUCAGUGAACUGGACUCUACCGACCUGGAGUGAAGAGGAGGGUGAAGCGCGCGCGCCCGUGAGGCUCGUGUGGUUGGUCGCGUGCUCUCAGUUGAUAAAAUCCCCUCUGGACCUUCGAGGGUGGCUUGACUGUCUUGUAAGUUUGUAUAUACUGCUGUCUCCCGUCUUUUGUAUUCCACUGAGGAUUUCUGUGAUAAACGUGCUGAAUCAUAAACGAACACCCAAAGCAACGUCUGCGUGCCGGAGGCUCUGUUUGGACUUUUGCCCAUGAAAACGUGUUCUGGCAGACUGGAGGUACACCAGUACAACCAGCAUGCAGGAGCGUGGGCCCGUUCAUCGCUGCCACUUAUUACUAAUCUAUUGCUAUAUAUAGUUUUGAGAUGUAAUCAAUAAAACCUAAUUCAUGUGAAGGUGUGAAGGUCCCCGUGGCACAGAGGGCAGGACCUUGACAAUUCUGUCAGCUAAUUCAGAUCCACGGUUUCACCAGUACAAACCACGUCUAAAUAAAUCCACAUUCAUCAUUCAUCAAUAGUGUCCACGCCCCAUUCGCGGUUGGCUCCGGCCCGGAUUCUCUCUCCAGUUGUGGUCUGUUAAAUCCAAUGCAAACCCGUGAGACCGGGUGCCUGAUUGGACAGAUGGAAUGAAGCUCCACCACACUGCUCGCUGCUGGAAAGGCUGCAAAAACACUGGUUUACAGAGGGUUAAAGUAACUAGCAGUGUUAUUAAAGAUGCGUUCUUCUUCUA